ACACACACACACACACACACACACACACAGAGCGCGUUUGUUUGACUUAAGCCUUUGAAUGGCCUUGAGCAUCAGCAUCAACGGAAGGCAGGAUUUGGGGGCCAACCAGCUAGCAUCCCAACAUCACAAGGAGCAUCAACUGCCAGCCGCCAGAGGCCAACAGCAAGAAGCCCUGAAAAAAGAUGGAGGAAUCGGGGAUGUCUUUUGGUCCAGGCCUGAAUCCCGAUUAUGGACCACAAUGCUGCUGCUGGGAACCUGCCUGCUUUACUGCGCCAGGGUCCUAAUGCCCAUCUGUGUGGUCACCAUGAGCUCCCGCUUUGACUGGGACAAGAAGCAGUCCGGAAUUGUGUUGAGCAGCUUCUUUUGGGGUUACUGCCUUACUCAAAUUGUUGGAGGCCACUUGAGUGACCGGAUAGGAGGUGAGAAAGUCCUUCUCCUCUCUGCCUCGGCCUGGGGAUCCAUCACCGCCAUCACGCCCCUCCUCAUUUCCUCAAGCUCUGCCCACCUGACUCUGAUGACCUUCACACGCUUUCUUAUGGGACUGUUGCAAGGCGUUUAUUUCCCUGCCUUGGCUAGCCUGCUUUCCCAGAAGGUACAGGAGAGCGAACGAGCAUUGACAUACAGCACGGUUGGAACUGGAUCUCAGUUUGGGACAUUGGUGAUGGGGGCGGCUGGCUCCCUCCUGCUUGACUGGUAUGGAUGGGAAAGCGUCUUUUAUCUUACAGGCCUGCUCACCUUGCUCUGGGUGUACUGCAUGUGUAAAUUCAUCCUGCCACAAAAAGAAAUAAUAGUCUCACUACAUGACUUGGCAAAGGGUCUUUCCUUAUCAUCCAAACCAACCAAAGUGCCUUGGAGAAAAAUAUUUAGAAAGCCUCCCGUCUGGGCGGUGAUUGUUGCUCAGUUGUGCGCGGCUAGCACUUUCUUCACCCUGCUCUCCUGGCUACCGACGUUCUUCAGUGAAACGUUUCCCGAUUCAAAGGGCUGGAUUUUUAAUGUAAUUCCUUGGCUGGUGGCAAUUCCAUUCAGUUUGUUUGCUGGAUUCCUCUCCGAUCAAUGUGUCAGUCAAGGGUGCAAACCAAUCACUGCUCGUAAGUUUAUGCAGGUCAUUGGCUCUGGGGUAUCCAGUCUUUUUGCCUUAGGGAUCGGUUACUCCACCAGCUUUUGCCAAGCAGUAGCCUUCGCCUCAGCCAGUAUCGGACUUCAAACUUUCAACCACAGUGGCAUCUCAGUCAAUAUCCAGGAUCUGGCUCCUUCGUGUGCUGGUUUAUUGUUUGGUGUGGCAAAUACAGGUGGAGCUUUACUAGGUGUCAUUUGUGUGUACCUAGCUGGGCACCUCAUCGAAAACACUGGCUCCUGGGUCUCCGUUUUCAAUCUCGUGGCCAUCGUGAAUACCGUUGGACUUUGCACAUUCCUCAUCUUUGGAAAAGCUCACAGGAUGGACCUGGAUCCAGCCUACACCGAUUUAUAAACCCACCCGCAGACUUAGAGGGAAGUGUCAAGAUUUUGGAAUGGAGAAUGUAAAACAGAAUUCCAGGAAAAUACAUACUAGCCAUGGAAUGAUGAAAGUCCAAGCGUUAAUCGGUUAGCUCCAGUUUUACUAGCCAACGGCUAAUCUUUUCCUCCCAGAUGUUUGGCGUGUGUUUCACCUCUUUGAUCCGGUGCUAUUCCUCCAUUAUGCCAAAGAGGGUUCGCCCCAUGUUUUGGUAUUCUAGCCAACGUUGGACCCAUGUUGGCUGUCCUAGUUGGGAAUGAUAGAAAUCCAAUAGAUCUGGAGAGACCAGGAUCAAUUGUGUGAGAUGACCUGAGGAGAAGUUUAAAUGUGCUAACUUUGACUCCAAUGUCCUUUGCGACAAAAGGUCAUUACAUCACAGGCACACUCCCAAAAUAUGCAACCAGGUGGUAGAGUUUGCUCCUUCCUGUAUGAUAGGAAAUGCAACGAUUUUCCCAUACUCUCCCCCGCAAAAAUUAUUUUUUCCAACAUUCAUGAUGAUCACCGGGACUACAGCAAAAACAUAUAGAAUUCUAAUGUAUGUUUUGAUCCUCUUUUGAGGAGUUUUGAAAGCCGUCAUUGUGACUGUCCUAGGCUUUAACAUGGUUUAUCAUUCUAAAACGCCUUGAUGUUGG